AUGCCGCUCCAAAUCCAGAGAACAAAGAAGGAUGGAAGGAAGAGGACAUUAUCGACAGUUUCCAAUGUCACAAAUGUACAUGGUCCUGUCGCCAGUGUGAAAACUUCUGAGAAAGCGUCGCCUUCACAACAGGCUGGAUCAGAUCAAACAAAGCCGCCUGCCAUUUCCGAGACCCAACCGCAGAAACCGGCAAGUUCGGCGAAGAAAGUACCUGAUGUAUUUCAAUUUCUUGACGAAAAUGACGACUCCUCAUCCGAAGCAACCUCGGAUUCGUCAGAGUCAUCAGAGUCGGACUCAUCAAAGGAUGAACAACCGACAUCUCCACGACCUGUGCAAACUACCACCAAUAUCCAAUCCCCUAAGCCGCGGGCAAAUCCAGUUCCACAUGGGAUCUUGGUAUCAGGAGGCAAUGCAUCUCCAAAGAAUGCUGUUCCCUCGCCUCCAGCAUCGAAAAGUCCCAAGCAACAGCGCCGGCCCUCAGCACCCCACGCUCCCUCCACGGGCAAUCAAUUACAGAUAGCCCGGAAGCAAACCAACCGAAAGCCAAGUCCAAUCUCGACCAGUUACCCAACGUCUGGAAAGGGACAACUAGAACUGUCUCGCCCAGAGGGCUACUAUACCAGAGACGAGGCUGCUCUCCACAGACCACCGCUGCCCCCGUCUCCCCCAAGAAGCCCCGAAGACGGUCUUCACCACACCACGCCAACAAAGAGACGAGACUCAACUACAUCCCAGGUCUCAUCAGGCUACGGGCUCAUUGCCUCACACCUAUCCAAGUCCAACCCAGAAGACAAACCAGGUUUCCCCCUCUAUACCGACGCUUCGAAAGCGUCAACCACCGCGUCCUCCUCCACCUACAGGAUGAGAUCUCCCAAAUGGAAGAAGACCUCCACACCCUAG